AUGCCCAUGAAUGCAGCACAUCAACAUGCUGCGAAUGCCGACGACCAUCUAGCACAAGGCUAUCUUAUCCCCGCUGCGGAGGAACACUACAAGGCCGCUGAGGGAUACAUGGCUGCUGCCGAGCAAAGCAAUGAUGAAUCAGCGAAACGAACUCUGAGGAUGCUAUAUAACAAACACAACAAGGCUGGGAAGGACCUUCAGAGAAAAAUUGCGAAGUUGAGAGAAGAGGGCAAGGAUCCAUCCCAGCGCCAGAAGCCAGAACCACAGCAAGCUACGCCCGCGGUCAACCCUGCUCAGUUACCUCGACAAAUACCAUCUCCCCCUCCGGUCCGUCCACACGAUCUGCAGAAUACGGUGGAUGAGUCGUUUAUGCUCCUAGGCGGCCAAAGGUCAGACCCAGGGGAUGCUUUCAAUCAAUUUUGGCACAUCAUGCAAGGCAUGCUGGAUAACCUUUCACAGCCUGUAGCCUUUGCCACCGCAAUAGGCCUGGAGAAUGACGAUUCCCCUCACAACUCUGCCUCCUCAUCUAGGAAGCCCAGAGACGGUAGUUUGAGUAGUGAUACGGAUGGGGACGAACCAUUGGUCUCGAGGUUCAAGCGACGGAUAGGCAUGACCAAGAGUCGCACAACGUAUCCCCCAUCUCUCACGGGAUCCUCUGGCUUAGCUCGAGCCGCAACACUAGAAGACGAAUUCGACGACGACAUGCUGGACGUCGGUGAUGAGCUCUCCGAGUCGUUUUGCCUCGUCCCCUCGGGUUCUGAGCCGUCAUUGGCGGCACAAAAGAGAGAAAACGCAGCCCUAAAGGCAGAGAUUGAAGCACUGCAGUCUCGCUUGGAAGCUACCGAGCGAGUCAUACAAUUGCGUAAGGAUCAAGAUCUACACCUGCGAGAGAGCAUCGUUAUGGCCCGUAGAGAAGCUCAGCGGGCUAUGGGAGCCUCGACAAUGGCGGGACAACGACCGCCCGUCGACCUCAGUUCACUCAACCUCAAUGUCCCACCAAUACCAAUACCUGGCUUAACCCCGGGCCGAGAAGCCCAGUACACUCGCCGUAUCAAAGAGCUCGAAGACGAAGUGCGGGGAUUAAGGGCGGACAACGAGAAACAAAAAGCUAUGAUUGCCAAAUUCCGCGAGCGGUGGGAGAAGCUCAAGGAAUCCGCCAAGCGGAAGAAGGAAGCGAAAGCAGGAAGUACGCCCAUACGCGAGCGAAUUGUCGAAGAACCGGAAGCAGAGCAAGAACUCGAUGGCGUGUAA